AUGACCUACGAGGUCCUGUGUCGCCUGGCCACUUUCACCGGCUCGCUGCCCGACGAACGGGUGCGCCCCGCCCCACCCCAUCCCACUCACCCCCCCCGGCUGCUGCCCCGCCACCUCCCAGGCCUCCCCUGCUCUGCUCACAUCGUUGCAUGUGCGCCGGUGGUGGUCGGCUGGCUGGACGACAGGGACUUUGGGAACAGCUACCCGUGGGUGCUGUCGCACGACUCGCCCGAGGGCGAGGAGGCCACGCGCGGGUACGACGACGUCAAGUACUUCCUGUGGGACACCCCGCCCUACGAGAACAUCGGCACGCUGGCCAUCGCCCGCAUCAACAAGUUCGUCGUCAACGGCCGCGACGAGACGGCCGGCGACUCAGCCGACGAUGACGAAGGUGGUGGCCAGGGCCAAGGUGACGACGAUGCGAAGCCGGCGAGUGUGGAGGAGAAUGAGGAGAUGGUCAAAGAGGCGGAGAAGCAGGGCAGGAACGUGCUGAUCAAGCUCAACGUGAAGAUCCGAACGAAGAGCCAGUUCUUCGGAGCGCCAACGGAGGCCACGGCAGACCGCCAACAGGAACAGCAGCAGGCAGGGGAGGAGAAAGAAGAAGGCGAGGCAGCGGCCGAAGCGCGCCGCAGCUGCGUACCGCGUCAGCUGCUGCUCCAGAAGCGCUACACGGACCCGUUCACGUACACGAGAGUGCAGGAGCUGCUCUACGACCUCAACGACAGCGUCAAGCGCGCCAAGUCCAGCGAC